AUGGACUCGCGUCGUGCUGCCACCCUCUUUGGGAUCCCGAUGAAACAUCUCACCUUGGCCACAUUGACCCUCCAAAACUCUGCCUUGAUUUUGAUCAUGCACUACUCCCGCGUCAUGCCCGCUGUGAAUGGCAACCGAUACUAUGCAUCGACCGCCGUCUUCCUCAACGAAGUCAUCAAACUCGCCAUCUCGCUGACCAUGGCCCUCUACGAUCUUUCGCAAGACAUGCGCACCUCGUCUUCGGCGACUGUCCUCUUCAAUGAACUUAUACGUCGUGUCUUCACCGGCGACAGCUGGCGUUUGGCGAUUCCGGCUAUGCUAUAUACUUUGCAGAAUACUCUGCAGUAUGUUGCUGUGAGCAACCUGGAUGCUGCAGCAUUCCAGGUCACAUACCAGUUGAAGAUCUUGACCACCGCUAUCUUCAGCGUCACCAUGCUCGGACACACUCUUGGUCUUAAGAAAUGGGCAUCCUUGUUAUUGCUCAUGGUAGGCGUUGCUAUCGUGCAAAUCCCCAAUGGCUCCAACUCGGCCCUGCCAACCUUCAAAGAUUUGAGGGAGGCAAAUGCUGGCCUCCACUUCCCGCGUACUCUUCAGGAGAUGCGCGACAUGGGAAGCAGUGCUGCCAGACAGCUGGUCAAGAGAUCUGCCACUUACGAAGGCAUAGACAAGGACUUUGCGAUGCAACAUCCUCCUCAGCUCAAUGCUUCAAUUGGUCUGGCCACCGUCCUGAUCGCUUGUAUUUUGUCUGGCCUCGCUGGCGUGUAUUUUGAGAAGGUACUCAAAGACUCGAAUCACAAGACAUCUCUCUGGGUCCGCAAUGUGCAGUUGUCGUUCUACUCGCUGUUCCCCUCUCUUUUUGUUGGCGUUAUCUUCAAGGACGGUGCAGAACUCGCAAAGCAUGGCUUCUUCGCGGGCUACAACUGGGUGGUGUGGAGCGCCAUAUUCCUGCAAGCCAUCGGCGGUGUACUUGUGGCACUUGUUGUCAAUUACUCGGACAACAUUGCGAAGAACUUUGCUACAAGUAUAAGCAUCGUCAUCAGCUUUCUAGCAAGCGUAUGGUUCUUCAACUUCGAGAUCACCAGUAACUACGUGCUUGGAACAGCGGUUGUUCUUUUAGCCACAUACCUAUGGACGAGCGACCACAGUCCUCCAUCAAAGACUGUAAUCGCUGAGUACGAAAAGACCACCAUUGGCUAUGAUCAGCCGUAUAGUGACAACAGAGGCACUCCGAAGAUGGGGUCGAGAUCAAAUUUUAAGGAGGCGCUGACGACUAGUCGACCAAGCACACCAGUCAACUUCGAGCGUCGUGGAGGCGGCGCAUUCAACAUCAAUUCCUCACUCAGUCCCCCCACGAUGUACUCCGACGACCAACAAGGGCACUACAUGCCGCACGAGCAACACGUGAACGAUAACGUGGAUGCAUACAUCAGGAACGCAGGCUACGAGGAUGACCAGACCAGCUAUGGUACGAGCCUACCAUCGCGCGCACGCCGAACAGACAUGUCAUCUCGCCAGAGCCAAGCUGUUGUUGGAAGAGCUCGACUGUCUUUACGGCCAGCAGCCCCGGUUCCGCUUGAAGUCAAUGAUUACCAGGGGUUCGACUUUCCACCUUCGGGCCACCACCCUCGAGGAUACUGGGAGGACCCAGACGAAAACUUGAGGCAGCCUUCACAGUCUACGGCCUUCACGAACCUAGCAGGCCCAACAACACGUCACCAGCUUUUUCAACAGCAAGAAACCAGCUCGUCACCUGCCAUUGCACUACACUCGAGCCCAGCCUACCAAGCCAGUCAGCGUCAACACAAUUCAGAAGUCAUUCCACCGGCCCGUUCACACCCUCCGCCCAGAGGACAGCAGAGAAGACCAGACGUUGGACAGCCUCCACCAGUGGUUCAAGGUAUACAGCUCGUCCCCGUGCAUACUCUUCCAGAUCGGUUCCGCACAAUCUUCCCAUACGCCAUGUUCAACGCUGUGCAAUCUGCUUGUUUCGAAAGUAUCUACGAAUCCGAUGACAAUUGUGUUUUCUCUUCACCUACAGGGAGUGGCAAAACCGUCCUUUUCGAGAUUGCAAUCUGUCGCAUGCUCCGCGGAUGGUCGCAUGGCACCUUCAAGGUCGUAUACAUGGCUCCGACAAAGUCGUUGUGUUCUGAGAGGACUCGCGAUUGGAAGGCAAAGUUCGAGCCAUUGAAUCUGAAAUGCGAGGAGAUGACUGGCGAUUCGGAUAUCACCUCUCUACACCACGUUCAAAGAGCUGAUAUCAUCGUGACUACUCCAGAGAAGUGGGAUUCGAUGACGAGAAAAUGGAAGGAUCACGAGAAGCUGAUACGCCUUGUCAAGCUGCUUCUGAUCGAUGAGGUCCACAUUCUGAACAAAGAUCGUGGCGCUGCGCUCGAGGUUGUUGUCUCUAGGAUGAAGUCUAUCGCUUCAGGUACAAGGUUUAUUGCGCUCAGUGCAACCGUGCCCAACUCACAAGACAUCGCGACAUGGCUCGGGAGAAACGACGACAAUGCUAGCAUUCCAGCCACUCACAAGCGGUUUGGAGAAGAGUUUCGGCCUGUCGAGCUCAAGCGUCAUGUCUGUGGGUAUCAAUCAAGUGCAAACGCAUUUGGCUUCGACGCCAUGUUGACCAAGAAACUCUCGGACGUUGUUACCAGGUAUUCUCAGAAGAAACCAAUCAUGGUCUUCUGCUUUACCAGGAAGUCAUGCACAGAGGCUGCAAAGUUUCUCGCUGAGUGGUGGAUGUCCAGUGCACCAAGAGACAGACAUUGGCAAGCGCCAGUGAACCAGAUCAGGGUCGAAGACAAAGGACUGCAAAGUACUGUUUCUGCAGGGGUCGCUGUCCAUCAUGCAGGUCUCGGUCAGGAAGAUCGAGGAACAGUAGAACGAGCCUACCUUUCUGGCGAUCUAAGUGUGAUAUGUUGUACUUCAACGCUAGCAGUCGGGGUGAACUUGCCCUGCCACAUGGUCAUCGUCAAAAACACUGUUGCCUAUGAGGCUGGGGCCGUCAAAGAAUAUUCGGACCUUGAAAUCAUGCAAAUGAUUGGCAGAGCUGGUCGGCCGCAGUUUGACACCUCGGCUUUGGCCGUAAUCAUGACGAAGAUGCAGCAAGUCAAGCAUUAUGAACAGCUCUUAAGUGGACAAGAACGUUUGGAAAGCUGUCUGCACCUCAACCUUGUUGAGCAUCUCAACGCUGAAAUUGGUCUGGGUAUGGUCCCAGAUUUGUGUGCAGCAAAGAAGUGGCUUGCUGGUACUUUCCUCAAAGUGCGAAUUGAGGACAACCCAACACAUUACAAGAUCGCGGGCGACAGUCCAGAUCGAAACCUCGGAGCUAGACUCGAACAGAUUUGCGAAAGUGCCAUCUCACACCUUGACAGACUCGAACUCAUCGAGUGUACGCCAACUUUCAAGUCGACAGACUACGGGGAAGCAAUGGCACGUUACUAUAUCAACAUCUCGACGAUGGAGGCGAUCUUGAGUCUCCCACGCAAACCGAAGAUAUCGGAGAUCUUGAACGUCAUUGCACAAGCCCAAGAAUUCAAAGAAUUACGAUUUCGUGCAGGGGAAAAGCAACUAUACAAAGGGUUGAACGACAUGCCUGAAAUCAGAUUUCCCGUCAAGGUCGACCUCUCUGCCGUGGCGCACAAAGUGUCUUUGGUUAUACAAUCAGUUCUGGGUGGACUUGGCCACGUUACCGAUCAGCCAAAUCACCGUGUCCAGCACAGCAUCGACCAAGGCUUGAUCUUCCAGCACGUUCAUCGACUGAUCCGAUGUAUCGUAGAUUGUGAGAACUGUGGCAAGGAUUCAAUCGGUAUACGCAACUCUCUCAUGCUAUCACGCAGUUUGGCUGCACGAGUGUGGGAUGACUCCCCUAUGGUCCUGCAACAGAUCGAGCAGAUUGGUCCUGUCGCUCUAAGAAAGCUUGUGAGCGCCAGAAUUACCACGAUGGACGAGUUUACCAAUACGGAUCCCGGCCGGUUAGAGCUUGUGCUCAACAAAGCUCCUCCGUUUGGUAUGACACUUCACCAUCGGGCUCAAACGUUUCCGAAGUUGAGAGUGGGCUUGCAAGUGACUGGACAGCCUAUUGUCAAGGCUCAAGAGCAUGUGAUUGUGAAGCUCAAGAUCGACUUCGGAUUCUUGAAUGAAAAGACUCCAAUUCAGUACCGAAAUAAGCCGGUCUUCGUGAUCGUUUUACUUGUAGACAGUGCGCAGAAGCUCGAACGCAUCAAUCCUAUCAAUACCACCGCGUAUCUGACAAGUCCAACCCAGCUAAUUGAGUGCUAUGUCAUGUGUGACGAACUUGCUGGAACUAUGCAGCAAGCCGUGCUCAAGCCCAACGUGCUAGUGUCGGCAUUCCAAACUAUCAAAGACAACACAGCAGAAAUUAGCAAGGACAAACGCUUUGCAGGGCGCACCAGGAUUGUGGAUACCAUCAGGAACGUUGAAACACCACAAGUGAAUCUUAGUAUCGACGAAUGGGACGACGGAGGACUGAACGAUGAUGAUUUCAUCCAUGCCGAACCAAUGGAAGAUGGUUUCAUGGACGUCGACGUACUCGAGCAGCCGAACUUCGGUCAAAAGACCACUGGCAAGACUAGGAACAAGGCUGACGUGACGACCGUUGGUGAAGGGCCAGAAGAGAAGAGAUUAGGGAAUGGCCGAUUACCUUGCAGCCAUCGUUGUAAAGACAAGACCGCAUGCAAACAUCAAUGUUGCAAAGAAGGACUCGAAAAGAAGCCGAAACCCCGAGCACGGAAGACGAAGGAUAGCGAGCUGUCGACUCCGGCUGCAAAAAGCAAGGCAUUCUCCAGCACGUCGAGCAAGGCUCAAUCGAGGCUGGACCUACCGAUAAGAAGAAAAACAGUUGGCGGGCCUGUGGAGCACCUGGACCUAACUCAAACGGCAUCGUCGCGA